ACUUUUUUUGGAAAGACCUCCUAAAGACAUUUCGCUUGCCACGUUGCCGUGGUUGGACAAUUUGUAGUUUGGGAAGUUUUUCAGGACUUUUUUUGUACAUGAAACUUCAGUCGAGUCGUUAGAAAGUGUCAAACUGUUCUUCAUAUUAAGAUGAUUCCAGAGUUGUGGACAUGCAUUUUUUGUGCAUUCUUCUUUUACGUGCAUGGAGCAAAACUUCCGGAGCCAGAGGUGAAAAUAGAAGUUUUGUACAAACCUUUUCUUUGUCAUCGUAAGUCCAAAUACGGUGAUAUUCUUCUGGUUCACUACGAUGGCUUUCUGGAGAGUAACGGCACAAUGUUUCAUUCCAGUCGCCAUCAAGGAGACAAAAACCCAGUCUGGUUCACGUUGGGGAUCCGUGAGGUGAUCAAGGGCUGGGACAAGGGUCUUCAAAAUAUGUGUGCAGGAGAGAAGAGGAAACUGACCAUCCCUCCAGCUCUUGCAUAUGGAAAAGAAGGCAAAGGUAAAAUCCCUCCAGAAAGCACUCUGAUAUUUGAUAUUGAGAUCAUAGAGAUCCGAAACGGGCCCAGGUCACAUGAGUCCUUCCAGGAAAUGGACCUCAAUGAUGACUGGAAACUUUCCAAAGCGGAGGUCAAAGAAUAUCUGCGCAAAGAGUUUGAAAAGCAUGGAUACGCCGCCAAUGACACCCAUCAUGAAGUGAUGGUUGAGGACAUCUUCCAGAAAGAAGAUGAAGACAAAGAUGGAUUUAUAUCAUCUCGGGAGUUCACUUAUCAACACGACGAACUGUAAAUACACACUCCUGCAAAAACACUGCAAUAUCUGCCUUCUAAAAGAUUCCAGUAUUUGCCUACAGAAAUGUUACAGUAGAUAGAAACAAGUGUGUUUGUAUCUACAGGUCAUGCGUGUAAUUUAUGUUAGUUUUUAAUCUACACUCAGGUGAUACAUAAGGUACAUUCGAGCAGUUUUUAAUAUUUGAACGUUCGGAUUUACAUUCUUCCCAAAGAGAAUGUUGUCCUACAAGUGCCUGACUAAAUUUAAAGGGACAGUUCACCCCAAAAUUAAAACUGACUCCCUAUUUACUUAACCUCAAGUGGUUUCAAACAUUUAUGAGUUUCUAUUUUCUGUUCAACACAUAAAAAAGAGAAAAUGGUCAUCGUUAACUGCCUUCCAUAGUAGAAAAAACAAAUACUGUGGAAGUCAAUAGUUUCAAACAUUUUUCAAAAUGAUUUCUUUUGUGUUCAUGAGAAUAAAACAGAAGUUAAGUGUGAGUAAAUGAGGACAGAAUUUUCAGUUUUGGGUGAACUAUUGCUUUAACUUUUUAUUUAACUUUUAAUUGCAGCAGGAGGUGUUUAUAUGACAGGGUUUUCAACUGAAAACAGAACAUUUCAUGUAUUUCAAUCACUUAUUCACAUAACUAUGUUUUGGGGACCUGAAAAUGCAACUUUAAAAAAAGGCCUAACCCUAACAAAAAAAAACGUAAUUUUCUAAAAACAGUGACAUCAUGCACAUGCAAAUUACAUUUUGGCUAUAAAUAUAUUUAAAGAUGACCUAGGGCUGGGUGAUUUGGCCUAAAAUCAAAAUUUUAACUCAAUUACGAUUAAAGAACUAUUGUUUCUUUUAUUCUUUUGCCCUCUCCAUGCUGCCCACACUCCUCAACGCAGAACAAUCACAGAACUUACGACUGUGUGAAAUGUAAACAGAGCAGGGUCCUGGAAAAAUUAGAUCUGAAUGUUGAUUUUGAUUACUUUUCAAUUAAUCACCCAGCCCUAGUAUGUCCAAAAAACAACAGUAGGGACUACAGAGCUGUAUACAGUGUGCAUAGGAACUAAGGGCGUACUCUCACUAGGCAUGGUUGCCUUGAGUCGUGCUAAAGCACCCCUCUCCCCUGACAGCCUGCAAUCACACUGCAUCUUUACCUUCCGAACCUGAGCAUGCUUACAUCAAUAAUGAUCCGACUAUUCAGUUUAACAGGAAGAGAAGUGCUCUUAGUCAGUAGACAUUGCUUUAGUUAUCUCGUUUUGUAUUAUUUUUAGUCAUUUGAUAUACAGUGACACAGUCAAAUCUUUUUCUGAACAGCUCCACCGCUUUUAAAGCUCAUAAAUGUUCAUAAAAGUCCUCGUGCUGCAGGUAUAAGGCGGUUUGCUGAAGGUGCAGCGAGGGGUUGACGUGCAGCGAGGGGUUUGGAUCUUUGAUAAACUAUGAUGGUUUGCUUUCAUUUAAAAGUAAGAAUGAUUAAUAAAUUCAUAUGAAACAGUCCCUUAAAUGUGCCGUCAUGUCUUCAGUUUGGCGCUCAGGCAUGCUUUGAAUUCACACGACAAGCAUACCUGAUCCCACAUACAGUAUACGCUUUGGCACACCUCUUCCAAUUGAACCGCGCCUGGGUCCGAUUCGGAGCACUCACACUUGUCAAACAAACCAGGAAACGUGCCCGGACAUGGUUUGAAUAGCCUAGUGCAGGGCUGUCCAAACUCGGUCCUGGAAGGCGGGUGUCCUGCACAGUUUAGUUCCAACCCCAAUCAGACAAACCUUGGCUUGCUAAUCAAGCUCUUAUCAGGUUUUCUAAAAACAUGCAGGUGUGUAAAGGCAAGUUGGAGCUAAAAUCUGCAGGUCACCGGCCCUCCAAGACUGAGUUUGGACAUCCCUGGCCUAGUGUGAGUAAGCCCUGAUUGACCACCAUAUACUGGGCUGUCAUGAAUCAACAGCAUUUAAAAAUAAUAAUUUUCGUUAAUUUCUGUGAACAAACAAGGGUAACUCUGAUUCGAUGUCAUCUAUAUGAGGAGCCUUUGUCUUUUAUUACAUAAUUGUUGGCUGGUAUAAGAUUCUGGCUGUAUGAUAACCUUGGAUAAAAAAAACUUUAUUAAAACUUUUGAUAAAAACUUUAUUAACUUUAUUAAAUUACUGCUCUAAAAUACAUUCUUUUAAAUUUCUGGGUAAAAACCAAAAUCUUUUUUCGCUUUUGAACACAAUAAAUUUUAUUUUAAGUAACAUUUAAAAUAUUUUGGAGCAAUAACCAUGUCAGGCUGAAUAAUUCAAAUCAGUU